AAAAUAAAAAUGGUAUCAGCAGAAACGAUUGCAUCAAUUUUCAUAAAAGUGCUCAAAUUGGUACUUAAUUUGGUCAUUCUCAUCUUGUAUCGCACGGGAUAUGCGGGAGAUUUUCUCGGUGUCGGCGGUACGUGGAACCUGAACGAGGAGAAGAGUCCCGAUGCGGAAAUUGUCGCAUCUGGCGUCUUUGUCGGUUACAUCAUCUACACGGGAUGUCAUUUAAUGGCCUUUGGCUUCGGCACGACGAAGCACAAGAGGGAGCUCUCGGAUACCAUCAUGAACGUCGUUGGAACAAUCAUGUGGUUAAGCGUCGGCGGAGUUGCGUUACACUACUGGGCAGGAUACAUGCCGGAUCAUGACUUUGUUCAUAUCAUCACUGAACGUGCGGUCGGUAUCGCAAUGGGCUCAUUGUGCGUCAUCGAAGGUGCCCUUUACUUGUUGGACACAGUUUUGGCCUUUCUCCACUUCGCCAAGAACUAAGAAGCAAGAGUGAAGUGACAAAAACAGCCGCCAGCCGUGACGACAUCAUUUUUCAUACCAGUUUUUUUACUACUUAGCAUGAUUUCCAUUUUUAAUUGUAAUUUAAUCUUAAAAAACUUUAUGCAAUUGCCUUCAUUUUUUAAUGAGUGUAGUUUAAUAGCUAGAUAAGUUUAACCAGUCCAAAAGACGCAGAAGAAUAAAUAAAAUUAGUGUCUAUAAAUGCAAGAAAGAUAAAUAGAAGACAAGACGAGUAUUAUUUUGCGCUCAUAAAUUAAAAUGG